AUGGGCACUGUUGUCUGCGACAGGAAGCCAGGACCGCGGCCCGGGUCCCCACUCUGGCCUUCACCCCCGUCUUCCUUCACUGCCCCUCCUCCACCAGGCUCUGUCCCCCGGAUGCUGCCCCAGCUCACUCAUACAGCUCCCGGCUACCCUCCAGGGCUCCCAGAACACAGACAAGCUCAAGAGCCACAGGUCAGUUCCACAUCUUCAGAAAGUCUGCUCCUUUGGGUAAGACAGGCAGGGGUGGGCAGGGCCGGCUCCGUCCUGACGCCCCCACCCUCGGGGGGCCGGGGGGCUCAGCGAGUGGAGGGGAGACCCGUGUGCAUCCACUGGAAGAACUGUCUCAUGUUUCUCAUCUGGGUGGCUGCAGGCGAAGCUGGGUCUUGGGAGGGAAGUGACUUAAGCCCCCAACUGGGCUCUGGGACACUGGAACCCAUGAGCCUAGUCUGUGCCCGGGUGACCCUCAAGCCCUCCAGUGUUUCAGCAGUUUGGGUGCCGGUCAAUUUCUGUGCCAUAGAAUUUACCAGCGCUGUCCUCUUAGCCUCUAACCUGGCUUCCAAGAUACUGUCUGCAGGGAGCCUGGUCAAAGUGGGCGGGGCAGCCUCUGCAGGUGUCUUGGCAGGACUUCCUUGGCUGAGGCUCACCCUGUCAUCCAACGCUGCCCUGGCUGGGGCCACAUCUACCCUGGGAUCCUUGCUGGGGACACUGAAUGGCUCCUACCUGCUAGGAUGCCCUGCUGCGGCCCUGACCACUUUCCCACUAGCGGCCAAGGCUGAUGCAGCUGUGGCUGGAGGAGCCCUGGCCACGGGGGCUGUGCCCGUGGUGCUGGGCGCCGUGGGCUUCACCGGGGCAGGAAUCGCAGCCUCCUCCUUAGCGGCCAAGAUAAUGUCACCGGCCGCCAUGGCCAAUGGGGGCAGAGUUGCCACCGGCAGCCUGGUGGCCACUGUCCAGUCCAUGGGAUUAGGUGGACUCUCCCUGUCACCCAAAGUCCUCCUGGGAUCCGCUGGGUUUGCCCUUGUGUCCCUCGUGGUGGGCUUGUGA